GGAUUGUACACGUCAGCAGUCAAUAAGUCACUGUUGUAGCCGACCAUGGUUCAUAGUCCCAUCAUCCUCUUCCUGGUAUGGACGUGCUGACACAUUACACCUAGUUUCGGUGCCGUGAAACAAUGCUUGAAGCGGAUGUUUGACACGCUUUUGAAGGCAAGACACGAUCCUCCGCGGGGGGGAAGGAAGAAGAGCCAUUACAAGAAAGUUUUUUGACACUUCAUUGAAGACGACACGCCGAAGGACGCGGGGAGGAAAGUAGCGUCGCCAAACGCGUUUCCAGCGAAGACGGCCGCGAUGCUGAAGUUAUUGAGGUGUUUGAGAGCCCGUGUUUUGCUGUUGUGAAAGGUUGUCCUGCGAUUUGAGAAAAUGAGGUUUCGCUUGCUCAAAAGGAAUCUGCUCUCCGUGCUGGGUGUUUCCUUGGUAAUUGUGACUCUCUUGUUUUCCACACGUGUGCUGCUCGUUUCGCAGAAUGACACCAGCGGACCGAGCAGCUUGGUGCCUCAGCAGACCCAGGGGCUGCACUCUGGUGAAAUGCAGAGAUUUCACUUCGGCUCCGUGUCAGAGUUGACCAAAUCAGUUUACAGUGCCAAUUACAAGCAGUUCAUUCUCAAUGCGGAUAAGUUUCCGGGGGAGCCUCUGCUGGUGCUCGUUGUGCAGGUCCACAACAGGCCUGAAUACCUCAGACUGCUCAUCAAAUCACUGGAGAAUGCUGCUGAGGUCCACAGCUUCCUCCUGAUCUUUAGCCAUGACUUUUUUUCAGAGGAAAUAAAUACCAUCGUGCAAGGGAUAACGUUUUGCAAAGUACUGCAGAUUUAUUUCCCCUUCAGCACUCAGCUGUAUCCUAGUGAGUUUCCUGGGCAGGACCCGCGGGACUGCCCUCGGGACAUAUCCAAGGAGGAGGCUUUGAAAACAAGAUGCCUCAACGCAGAGCACCCUGACUCCUACGGACACUACAGGGAGGCCUCGAUCACUCAGACCAAACACCACUGGUGGUGGAAAAUGCACUUUGUGUGGGAGCGAGUGCAGACAAUGCAGGGAUACAGUGGUUUUGUAAUCUUCCUGGAGGAGGACAACUACAUCUUGCCUGACUUCUACCAUCUUUAUAAAUCAAUGAUUGAGUUCAUGAAGAGCAGCUGCCAGGACUGUGACAUCCUGGCCUUGGGCAACCACAAUGCCCUAACCGAUUUUACCAGACUAUCCAACAAGGUGAUGACCACCGGGUGGAUGUCCACCAAGCACAACAUAGGCAUGGCCAUCUCCAGGGAGGUGUACUACAAGCUGAUGGGCUGCAGCGAUGUCUUCUGCACCUACGACGACUACAACUGGGACUGGACCCUGCAGCACCUCUCGGGCUCCUGCAUCCCGAAACCUCUGAAGGUGCUGGUGGCCGAGGGAUCCAGGGUUCUCCACACAGGAGACUGCGGUCUUCACCAGAAGCAGAACUGCAGGCCAGAAUGGGCCUCGAAGAAGAUUGAGGAGGCUCUUCAAGUGGCCAAAGAGGGCCUCUUCCCUCCAUCGCUCAUUCUUAACGGUGCAGAGGCUGUGGAGCACAAGCCACACAUGAAGAAUGGAGGGUGGGGAGAUGUACGAGACCACAUGCUAUGCAAAAACUAUGCCAAACGCCUUUGAACUAUGCAUUUUCUCCAAGUAACAUAAAGGAUAAAACUCAUUCAUACAGGUUCUGCAGAAGAUGUGCCAUUCAUACACAGCUUUUCAGGGUUUCAAAUUUUUUUUUUUUUUUUUAACUUCCAGUGAGGUCUUCCAAGGGUUGAGACCACAUACAGUUCAAAGAGGUUGCAUGUGUGUUUAUACAGAGAGUUAAACUUAGUUUUUAUCGAUACUGUCAAUCACCAAAGCUUCACAGUUGCCAAAGACUUCCACAAUGUUUUUGUUGUGUAUAAUGCAUGCAACCUCAGUUGUUUUAGUUUUCUGUCAUUGGGUUUAAUUUACUCUUUACUGACAAAUCAGUGAUAUCAGUCAUGGAAAGAGAGUAAACCAUAACAGAGUUGCCAAAAGGGUUGUUGUAUUCAUGUGAUGAUAUUUGCAAAUCAAUUGCAAAGUCAAACAUUUGCAUUUGUCCUUUGAGGGACCCACCCAUGACAUUGUUUAUCCAAGUUCAACAUGUUCUUUAUGUGGUGUGUAAUGUGUUGGAAUGAUAAAAUGAAACAUUCAAUUGUAUUUUUUUUAACGUGCUUUUUUAUGGUACAAUUACAAAUGCAACUACAUAAAUGCAUAUGCAGUGUACAAACGUGGGUUGUUUAAGAUGUGUACACAAUCUUCCAUAUACUGCACAGUUUUAAGUUGUUAAUGUGCGGUUGAACCAGUGCUGCCUUCGAAUCUGACAUCAAUGUCAAAAUGAUCUUAUGCACACAGUGGAAUUUGUGUUACUGAUCAUAACCUUCAGUUUCAUGCUGUUAGAGCCAGGUGUCGUUUGAGUUGGGGUGGGUAUUGACAGAAAUUGAUAAAUGCUUUGCCUGCCACCCACUCGUUAAAGAUGUACAUAUUGUUGACUGGUUGCAACAGCAAGGAACUGGCUUUAGUAUUGAUUUCUGGCCGUCUGUGACUGUAGCUUUGCUUUUUGAUAGGCAAGAGUUGACCUAUUUGUAGUGUUCAAAGUUUGGGGUUUGCAAACAGAAUCGUGGUCGUUUGUGACUCCGGUAAUCUACAUUUGCACGUUCUUUAUGAAAAGGUAUACACUGGGAUAUAACACAGUGACAGCACCCAUCAAGGGACUACUGUUUGAAAUGAUCUUUGGCUAACACACUUACAAAUGUAAAUAUCUCACUCUCACCAAAUGUGUCCCUGGAGUUACCUUCUAUCAUUUUAAGAUAAAAAAAAAAAGAUCGACAUGAGCAAAAUGGUGCCUGAAUGCUGACCAAAUGUGCCUUGUAAUCAUCUGUUCAUUUGAUAUAU